UCCCUUCCCCACACUCCAGCCUCAAAGCUACUCUUGCCAUCCAGUUCUGCAGAGACCCCAAGACUCGCCCCCUUCGCCCAAACCACUUCUUCAUCAUGGGAGGCUGUGCGAGCAAACCCAAGGACAUGGACGCCCCUCCCCAGUCUCUCCCAAGCGAGGCCCCAAGCAGCCCUGACAAGGCUAAUGGCGAGCCAACCCAUGUUGUACAAGAGGAGAAGAACAAUGGAGGUGAGAUUCGGGAGGAAGAGCCUUUGGUGGAUCUUUCAGAGCCAAAACCAAACCAGGAGGCACCCACCAUUGAAACAAAGGCUGUGGAGGCAGAAGUGCUUGUUUCCGAACUGGUGGAUGAUGCCACUGUCGACAAGCCAGUGGAAGAGAAGAAGGUUGAAACUGCUGAACCAGAGCACAAAGAGGAGAAUGCCAAAGCUGAGGCUGGGGCUGGUGAAGUCGCGACAGAGGCUGUAAAGAAGGAGCAGAAGGUUGAAGAAGAGCCAGUAGGAAAAACAAAGGGUGGUGAAAUAAAGCAAGUAGAUGUUGCUCGUCCUCCAAGCUCAGAAGAUAAAAAUAAUGCACCCAUUGCCACCAUGUGAAGACAGUUUGAGUUGAUCUUGUUGUAUCUGAAAAGAAAAACAAAAAUGAGGAAAAGAGUUGGCUUGUGAUCUUGAGGAUUGAUUAUUUUAUGCCUUUGUACCAUUGAAACUGAUCAUCAUAUUACAAAACCUGCAUCAGUUGAGCAAUCAAUCUUAUUCAUACAACCUGAAA